AAAAAUGUAUCAUUAUUAUUAGUAGUUAUUAGAAUUCAAUAAGUUGGUUAUGGACGGACCACCAGGAAACGACUGUUGUUCAAUCUGCCAUGGCAGCUUCAACAUCCCUCAUCAAGCCAAUUGUUCUCACUGGUAUUGCGGAAAUUGCAUUUUACAAGUUUGGAAUCAUGGGUCAUCACUACAACCAUGUAAAUGCCCGCUUUGCCGUCGCCAGAUUACUUUGUUGGUUCCUAGUCAGGCUUCAUCUCAGCAAAUUCAUAAUCCGGAAGCUGCUGAGAUUUUAAAAAAGAUUGAAGCCUAUAAUCGUCUUUUUGGUUCACAGUCAACCAGUCUUAACCAGAGAGUGCAAGACCUUCCGUUUCUCCUCAAGAGGUUGUUUCGAGAACUGAUGGAUCCUCAAAGAUCACUCCCAUUUGUCAUUAAAGCACGAUUAUAUCUGGCAUUAAUAUCAACCGCUGUUUAUGUACUUAGCCCUGUGGACAUCAUUCCCGAAGCGUUGUUUGGAAUACUUGGUCUGUUGGAUGAUGUCAUUAUAGCCCUCACAUUCUUCCUUCAUGUUGGCACUUUGUAUCGAUCUACUCUUUUGCGUCGUUAUGGAGGAUCUUCAGGUUGACAACUUGGAACCUUAAAUCGACGUUGGUUGAACUUUGUUCACAUCUGGAGUGUCUAAUAUUGUUACUGUAUAGAGAUUAUGAUGUUUGUAUGCUGAUGGGCGCGGUUAUUUCAGUUCUACGUCUCUAAUUUAUGUAUUUAUACCGACAUUAUUGGAUUUUUUUUAAAAGGUAUUCAUGUGUGAUGCUCUGUGUUGAUACAA